CCUGGUACGUCCGUUUCUCAGCUCCUCCUCCGCGCGGGCACCGCCUCUCUUCCUGCGGCGGGUGAGAUCCAAGCGUUGGCGCGGGGAACACGGAGGUGAUGGCGGAGCCUCCGGCGUCUCUCUCCGGCCAGGACGUAGGAUCAUUUGCUUAUCUUACAAUUAAAGACCGAAUACCACAAAUCUUAACUAAGGCUAUUGAUACAUUACAUCGACAUAAAAGUGAAUUUUUUGAGAAACAUGGAGAGGUUUCUUCUAUAUUUCUGCAGAAAGGUAUGGAAGCUGAAAAGAAAGCUAUUUCUCUUCUUUCUAAAUUACGGAAUGAAUUGCAAACAGAUAAGCCAAUUAUCCCCUUGGUUGAGAAGUUUGCAGAUACUGACAUAUGGAAUCAGUACCUAGAACAUCAGCAGAGUCUCCUCAGUGAAAGCGAUGGGAAACCAAGGUGGUUCUACUCGCCGUGGUUGUUUGUGGAAUGCUACAUGUAUCGUAGAAUUCAUGAAGCAGUUAUCCAGAGUCCACCCAUCGAUGACUUUGAUGUAUUUAAAGAAUCAAAAGAACAAAACUUCUUUGAGUCACAGGAAUCUAUCAUUGCUCUAGGUACUCACCUACAAGAGUUGCUGAAAACUAUUGAAGAUCUAGAUGAAAAUAAUCUGAAAAAUGAGUUUUUUAAACUUCUUCAGAUUUCAUUGUGGGGAAAUAAGUGCGAUCUAUCUCUGUCAAGUGGGAAUACCAUUUCUCAGAAGACCAAUAUAAUAAAUUCCUUGGAACACUUCAGACCUUUCAUUUUAGUGAAUGACAUGGAACAUCUUUGGUCAUUGCUUAGCAAUCGCAAGAAAACAAGAGGAAAAGGCACUGUUAGUAGAGUGGAUAUCGUUCUGGAUAAUUCUGGUUUUGAACUUGUUACAGAUCUUAUAUUAGCUGACUUCUUGUUGUCUUCUAAGCUGGCUACUGAGGUUCAUUUUUAUGGAAAAACUAUUCCAUGGUUUGUUUCUGAUACCACUAUACAUGAUUUUAACUGGCUAAUUGAACAAGUAAAACAUUCUAAUCAUAAGCACUUGUCCAAGUGUGGGGUUGACUGGGAAAACUAUAUUAAAAUGGGCAGAUGGGUUUACCAUGAUCAUAUUUUUUGGACACUCCCUCAUGAAUUCUGUGCAAUGUCUCAGGUUGCUCCUGACUUAUAUGCUGAACUACAGAAAGCACAUUUAAUUUUAUUCAAGGGUGAUUUGAAUUAUAGGAAGUUGACAGGCGACAGAAAAUGGGAGUUUACCAUUCCAUUCCAUCAGGCUUUGAACGGCUUUCAUCCUGCCCCUCUCUGCAGCAUACGAACAUUAAAAGCUGAGAUUCAGGUUGGUCUGCAGCCUGGACAAGGUGAGCAGCUCACAGCUUCCGAUCCCAACUGGCUGACUACUGGGAAAUAUGGAGUCUUUCAGUUUGAUGGUCCGCUUUGACCUGGUUCAAGAGCUCUAAGUUGUGUAGAAAGAUCUGACGGGCAGUUUUCAUCUUCAAAACAGCAGUAUGAAUUUAGUCACUCGACUGCUCUGUAUUAGCUCUGGGAAGCUUGGCUUCUCGGUGCUAUUACACAUACUCAGGAUGCUUUUCCUUUGAACAUCUCGACUCCCUACUUUGGUUCAGGGAUAGAUGGAUUAAACUAGUUACAGAUAUUUACAUAUAUGUUGGAAUCUUAGUAACUUAUUUCAAGUUAAAUGCAUAAUUUCAAGUGAUUUUUAUGAACUUAUAACUAAGCAGAAAGCAAAAUAUAAGUUAACUUUUAAUAUUAUGCUGCAUGCUAUUUAAUCUAGGAAGCAUGGAAUUUUAUUAAACUUGAUUUUGGGCCUUGGAAAUAAGGGCUCUGAAAAUGUAUAUCUUAAAUAUGCUUUGUAAAGAGAGGCAUUUCUUACAACUGUGAUAUUUGAAAGCGCGAAAGUAAAACUUACCUCAAUAAGUUAAUUCUAAAUUUUGUUCUUAAAUUUUACUUCAUGGCUUGUUUUAUUUGCAUGCAUUUGCAUUUUGAUUGACCUGUGGAAUGGAUGGUGGGAAACAAAAUUAGAAUGAAAGAAAUUGUAUUUGAAGGAAGAUAUAAUAUCUUUAACAUUCUAUUUAUGAUAUCUAUAGUUAACUAAAAUAUUAGUAUAUUUUAACAAGUGUUUUAAAUGAACAGAUUUUUAGAUCGCUCUGCAGUUUUAAAAUGCUUUACGAAAGGUUCUUGUGCAUCGAAUUUGGAGUACUACCAAUGAAUUGAUUCAUUUUCUACAUUCUUACAUAUUUAUUGAUGAUUGCCAGAUAAUAUAAACUACAUUUCAGGUCAGUUUGUUUUGAAACUGAAAUUGGAAAUAAACCUGGAAAUGUUUUCUUGCACUAGAAAAAUAAAAUGAAUUGUAUUGAAAGUCACAUUGGUUUUAUUUUCCAAUGGGGGAAAGUUAAGGGAAGAUUUAAAAUGAGGUGUAUAUAAUGAAGAAACUCAUAAUGUGUAUUAUAGCUGUUGCCAAAACAGUUCUUAAAUUAUGUUACUUAAAGUUAUAAUGUAUGCCUUUGUUUAAUGUUUAAAAAACAUUUUAGUGUAAUGUUUAUAUAAAGCUGCACAUUUUAAAUUUA